UCCAACACCCAGAUUGGCCCAGUCUGUAUGCUAGGGUCAGUUGUCCGGCAAGUGGACAAAGUCUGAUCUUCGGUACCUAGGGUCUUCGACGGCCCUACCGCAGGCCUGACCUUCGAAUUGGCAGAGUCUGCUCUCGAGUCCAUUGUUGUAAUUGAUGUCGUCUGUGUAUCCGAUGCGUGAAGAGAUUAGUCCAUACGAUUGUGUCAAUUUAAGCCGAGCUGAUUUUGCGAGUGUCGGAAGUCCGAAUCCGAUGCAAAUCCUUCAGACUUUGUUUAUGUACGUACUUGUUAUGCUCUGGAGGCUUCACGAUCAUCUGCACCAUGACCAUUCAAAGCUUGCCUGAGGCGCUGGCCGUGCCAAUCACUGUGGUGGUUGGUAUCGUGAUCGCAGCCUUUAGUUAUCUUGCAGUUUUCUGUGUCCAUAGGAUAUACAUCCAUCCUCUAGCCAAAUACCCUGGGCCAUUCUUGGCGAAGGUCACAAAUCUCUAUUCGGCAUACCAUGCCUGGCGCGGAGACAUACACAUUGACAUGUGGCGAUGCCACCAGAAAUAUGGAGACUAUGUGCGCUAUGCGCCUAAUCGGGUCAUGUUUUAUAGUGCAGAUAGCGCUAGAGACAUCUACGGAAAUAAGCAAACAAACAUCUUCAAGUCUAAGGUGUACGACACUCUAAGACAUCGGGCCGGUAAUACUUUGACGCUCAGGAACAAACAGGAGCAUGCGCGCCGACGCAGAAUCAUGAGCUCGGGAUUUUCUGAUGCAUCAUUGCGAUCACUCGAGCCUAAGAUUCUGGCUCAAGUGGGCAAGCUCAUCCAGGGCCUGACGGGAGACUCUCAGGAUUCUUCGCCGCAAAGUUCAGUUAAUGGUACUACAAUCAGGAAUAUGGCUUUCUGGUGUGACCAUCACGCAUUCGAUCUGAUGUCGAGCCUCAUCUUCAGUACAUGUUUCGACACGCUUGCUCAGCCAGACUUCCGCUACGUCCCUAGGUCCAUCGAAAGCUCCAACGAACGCAUGAGCGUGAUCUUGCAAGCUCCAGAACUCAUGCUCCGAAGAUUGGACAAGAAGUUGUUUCCACGUUCGAUUCAGGAUCGGAAUAAAUUUCUCCAAUUUCUAGGACACGUCAUUGGUUCGAGAACCAAAACUACUGGCAAACAGUCAGGUCAAGACAUAUUCUCCUUUUUCGAAGACGCAAGAGAUCCAGAGACUGGAGAAGGCUUCAAGACUGGAGAGCUAUUGGCCGAGUCUGCUACGCUGAUUGUAGCCGGCUCAGACACAACUUCGGUAACUUUGUCUGGUGUAUUUCACUAUCUUGGUCAGCAUAAAUCGGCAUAUGACCUUGCAGCAGCAGAGGUGCGAAACGCUUUCGAGUCCCGACAGGCAAUUUCCAUCGGUUCGAAGCUUGCUUCCUGCGUUUAUCUCCGUGCAUGCGUAGAGGAGACCCUUCGCAUGUCUCCUCCUACCGGAAGCGCGCUUUGGCGAGAGGUGGGUGAGGGGGGCGCUUAUAUCUCCGAUCAGUUCAUACCUCAGGGAUGUGACGUCGGUGUCGGCAUAUAUGCCAUCCAUCACAAUCCUGCUUACCACAUCGAACCCUUCGAAUUUCGACCUGAGCGCUUCCUCGGAGUUGAAGAGUACAGUAUGUCUCGUCAAGCAUUCAUGCCUUUCUCUUUUGGUUCCCGAGGCUGCAUCGGAAAGGGCUUGGCCAUGACCGAGAUUAUGCUUACGAUGGCCUCUGUCCUAUGGACUUGUGAUUUCAAAGAAAGCAAGGACGAAGUACUGCAAGGGGAAUACGCUCUCAAGGACCACAUCGUUGGAGCAAGAAAGGGGCCCAAGCUCGAGUUCUGUCGGAGAGAGUUGUGAAGGGAGCCCACCAAAGCGAGAUAAAUAGACGCAGUAUAGUCUCAUGUACCUUGUCCCUAAACUUAGGUCCCAGAACAGUUGAUGUAAAUAGGCUGUGACAAUCUGAAGUGACGUGCGGCGUACUGACAGAUCUUCUUUGGAGAUAAAGCAUGGGUCCGAUCGGCUAG